CUUAAUUCAAAUGUCAUAAGAUCAAUUGAUUCUAGAUGAUAUUUCAGUAAUUCAAAUUCUAUAAAUUAGGACAUCAUGAGAAGCACAAGAAUAAUUGAUAGAUAUUUGGUCAAGGCUUUACAUUGCAUCAUUAAUGAUUACCAAUAAAAUAUGGACAUAAAUGCAUUAUUAGAUAACCUUAAUAAUACUAAGCACUUGGUUUGUAACAAGUAUUGUUUGUUAGAAUCUAAGUCUAAUCUACUUAGAUACAUAGUUAACACUGAAAAUUACAAUGUAAUAUUUUAUUGUUUAAAAUAUUAAAGAAUAACUUAAAAAUCAUAACCUUCUUGAAUUCUCUUAUUUAAUAAUAAGAAUUGAAGUCCAUUUCCUAAUUAAAAUAAGCACAUAAACCUAAUUGUAUACUUAUAUAACCCAAAAAGACCAAAAAUGUUCAAAAUAACAAGUCUCCAAAAAAAUGCUUCGAUAUUAAACCUAAAUAUUUUCACUCCAAAUCUUAGACCUGGAUUUUUAAUUCUAAAUAGUACAUUUCAAAAAUAUUAACAAUAAAAGUAACUCAAUAAUUUCAGCUAGGACAGAGAAUUAUCAAAAUUACAAAAAUUGCAAACCCAAAAUGAUGAUUACUCUAGAUAUCGUUCAUGGUCUAUUCAGCAACAAGAAUUACAGUAAGAAAAUAAAUUGAGAUUCAAUUAUCAGCAGAGAUCAAGUAGAGAAUUAAGAUAUUCUAUAACUACUUCUACAUCUCCAAAAUAAAACAGUUAAAUUCUACCUUAAACUAAUUAGGAACAAGGCUAUUCUAUACAAAUAUAAAGGUUAAAAAACGAAAUCUCACAGUUAGAAUCAAAAUUAAAACCUUAUAAUUGA